CGACGAGCGUACUAUAGUUCCUAACCUUAACAUUACUAAUCUGUACAUCUCUACUAGAUCGUGGGACGUUGUAUACGUCACUACGUCAAAUGCGCUCAAUACACUUGAUAUCCGGCUUGACAAUGACCUACGCAUUCACCAGUAUUUGCCGUCUGCAAAUGAAAUCCGAUUCUUCAGCAAGUACACCCGGCCAACCACGUUCAAUCAAGUUUCCCAGGCAAAUGCAUUUGCUUUGUGACCUGCGAGGCCAAAGCGGCUACCGAAUGAAGCCCUGUCGCAGCUUUGCAAAGGAUGGUAAUUGUCCAUACGGAGACAAAUGCCGCUUCUCGCACGAACCGGAUGUCUCUGAUUUCGAGCUCACCAAAAAUGGGCCUCGCAUCCACCAAACGCCGUUCAAAGCAGAUGAUUCCAAAGCCCGGAAAGAUUACAAUUCUUGGAAACGUCUGCUCAGAAACUCUCCGGUUCACGAUAAUACAACCACCUCGCGUUUCUGGAAAGCCGCGUUGACUGUUCUUGAGGGUGACAGCCGGGAUCACAGGCAGCAGCUCGCAAAGGAUCUCGAAGAUGAUGCGUUUUAUGGUCGUGAGCACAUAAAACACAUCACGGACAAGCGAUAUGCAGGCGAGCUCGAGUCGCACAUCACCUUCUUCAAUCUGCCAUACCUUUUCCUCCAGGUGAUGACACAUCCCACCUUGUUGGAAUCCAUGUCAGUAGAUCCAUUUGUGACAGGACUCUACCACUUUAUGUCUGGCCACAAUGGUUCCCGUGCUAUCCCAUACUUUCAUCAUCUCUGCCAAGUCCUCUCUGGAACGGACACAUCUAAUUUGGAGCCAGGCAGGAAAGAAGACCUAGUCUUGCUGAUAACGCAGGCAACUCGGCAAAUCUUGCGUCGUGAGCAACGCGCUAGACUGCAUGAAGAUCUCUCUACCUUCCUCGAUUCCCUUGGCGCUGUUGCUACCACCCUCGUCGAAACAUACCAGUCCUUUUCAGCACGCGCAGCUCUGCGCAUUCUGAUGGAGUGUCGCCCAGUCGUGAUCCAUGCCACAACCGCCCCCAGUGAAGCUCGUACUGAUCCACCCGAAGCGGCCUCCUCGUACCCACUAGAUGUAGUAGUGCCAGGGAAUCGACAUGACAAUGAUCAUCUCGACAUUACGAAUAUAUCCAUCUUUCCCACCCAAGAGGAGUUAUCAAGCGAUGCAAAAGAGGUACUUCCAUUCGCCGAUCGUGAUCAGGUACACUAUAUCACCGAUCCUGUGGCCCGGCACAUUGAUACCCAUUUUCGAUUGCUUCGAUACGAGACGUUUGGUGCUCUCAAGCAAGCAUUCUUUGAGUUGAUGAAGGCCGCUCGAGAUGAUCCUGAAGUCUUCACUCGGCCAUGGAGGGGAUUCGAUGAACUUCAUGCAAAGUAUUAUACUUCAGCGUUUAUCAGCGACGUUUCCUUCCACGAAAAGCGUGGCUUGGAGGUCAGCAUCACUUUCUCGCAGCCACAUGUUUUGCGGGACAAGAAGACAUCCGCCCGUGUCCGAUGGUGGGAGGAAUCUAGGAGACUUCAAGUUGGAACUCUCCUGUCGUUUUUGAUAGUGAAAGACGGCAAAUCUCAGCCUAUCUUUUUCACAGUUCAAAGCCGAAACACCGAUGUUAAAGCGGAUUUGAGCUUGACAGGCCACCGAGAUCUUGCCAGUAUAGGAGCCCAACUUGCGAUACAGGACCAGUCAAAUGUUGACUCUAUCCUGACAGCCAGCUUCCAAGAGGAGCAAGGUGUAUUGAUUGAGCUCCCUGCAAUUAUACCCGCAACUUUCAAACCAAUUCUGGAGAAUCUACAAUACAUGAAACGAGAGGGACACCUGCCAUUUCAAAAUUGUAUUCUUCCCGAGAAGAAAGCAAGCCAUGGAAACGACACGCUAAAGAUUUCGAUGCCCGCUUAUGCCCAAGCUCACGGGUUUACCAUCCCGCUAAAUGCCAUUCUCAACGAUGACUCUGCGAAUAUUAGCUUGGACUCCAACUCGUCCUCUGAUGAUAACGACUUGAUAGAGAAGAUCGUCAACGGGACUGGGUUAGACUAUGGUCAGAGUAAGGCCCUUGUAUCUGCAUUCACCCGAGAAUUUGCUCUUAUACAAGGACCGCCUGGCACAGGGAAAUCGUACUUGGGUGUGCAGAUCAUGCGCGUUCUCUUGUCAAUCGCAGAAAAGGCAAGGCUUGGGCCUAUCAUUGUAGUGUGCUACACAAACCACGCAUUGGACCAAUUCUUGGAACACCUUAUCAAAGUCGACAUAAAGAAAGUAAUUCGGAUCGGCGGACAGAGCCAAUCUGCGCUUCUCAGAACACAUAACUUGCGUGAGAUCGCAAAGAAGGAAGAGCGAACGAGAUCUGAAACGAUGCUCCUGGGUAAUGCUUUCGCUGGUUUGAAGAAAGCCGCAAAGCAGAUCAAUUCCGACCUGAGUAGCCUUUAUGCUCUUGCCCAGAUACUGGAAUGGAAUCACGUCAAAGAUCAUCUGGAAAACAACCAUCCCGAAAUUCAUAAACAGUUUUCUGUUUUGGACGAGGAUGGAUUCCAAUUGAUCGGCCUACACCCUUUUGAUAUAUGGAAACCACAAGUUCUCGAUCCGCAUGCGCCCAUCCCACCUAAGACUAUUGGUGAGAGAAUCCAAGAGCAAGCCAAAACCAAUAUUUUCUCUCUAGGACUACUCGAAAGGGAGUUCAUUAUGGGAAUCUGGGUCGAAGAUUUACGAGCUGCGUACUGUGAUCAGCUUUUCGAUGUCCUUGAUGGCACCAGGAAAACACAAGCGGCCAUCCAAAACAUACACCAAGAAGGAGAUCGCAGAGUUCUACAGAAUGCCGAUGUUAUCGGGAUCACGACUACGGGUCUGGCAAAGAACAUCAACUUACUCAGGCAUAUCGACAGCAAAGUCGUCAUAUGUGAAGAAGCUGGUGAGGUUCUGGAAGCUCAUAUGCUGUCGACCUUGCUGCCAUCCGUGGAGCACCUGGUCCAGAUUGGGGAUCAUGAGCAACUGCGGCCUUCUGUAAGCAACUACAGUCUGUCAGUGGAGAGUCAUCAGGGCGCGCAGUACAAGCUGGAUCGGAGCCAGUUCGAGCGACUUGCCGUUGGUGAACCUGGGAGGAUGAAAAUACCUGUUGCCCAACUCAAUGUUCAACGACGUAUGCAGCCAGAGAUCUCGAAGUUGAUCCGGAACACCAUAUACGGUGAAUUUAAAGAUCAUCCCACUGCACUACAAUUUCCAGAUGUCUUUGGGAUGAGGAAGAAUGUCUUCUGGCUUGACCAUCAAAUUCCCGAGGAUACGCAGGCAGUUGAGCACCACCACGCAAAAUCCAAAUCGAAUUCUUGGGAGGUCAAAAUCGUACAUUCAUUGGUCCGACACAUUGUUCGCCAAGGGAAGUACACUAGCAGUGAGAUAGCCGUUCUGACACCUUACACUGGUCAACUACAGAAGCUGAAAACGGCAUUGCGAAAUGACUUCGAGAUUGUACUAAGCGAUCGGGACCGCGAUGCGCUAGAAAAAGAUGGGUUUAACGAAAAAGAGACGACCCCGACUGGACCAGAUCAUGAUAAUCCUCCCCGAACCAACCAUCGGUCUGCUCUUUCGAAGAAGAAGCUUUCCGAAUUCCUGCGAAUCGCGACAGUUGACAACUUCCAAGGCGAGGAGGCCAAAGUCGUUAUCAUCUCACUGGUUCGAAGCAAUGGGUCGCAGAAAGUAGGAUUUCUACGGACAACUAAUCGAAUUAACGUUAUGCUGAGUCGCGCGCAACAUGGAAUGUACUUGAUUGGAAAUACUGAGACAUAUUCCAACGUUCCGAUGUGGCGGGACGUCAUCGAAAUGCUGCGUGCUACAGAAUCACUGGAUACAUUAUUCGGCUUAUGUUGCCCGCGGCACCCGGAAAUCACUAUUGAGGUUUCGCAGCCGGAACACUUUGAGCGCCAAAGCCCCGAAGGGGGCUGCCAGUUACUAUGUGAACGACGGCUUCCUGAUUGCGGACAUCGAUGUUAUUCUGCGUGCCAUUUAACAAGCAUGCACACAGCAUAUGUUUGUAUGCAGCCUUGUGAGCGACUGCAUGAACCGUGCCAUCAUGCCUGCCAGAAAUCAACGUGUGGUGAAGAUUGCGGACCGUGCAUGAUCCCGAUUGACGAUGUUGAACUGCCAUGCGGUCACACCCUCUCUGGUGUGCCGUGCGGUCAAACUUUCCACCGCGACACCAUCCAUUGCACUUCUCUCGUCCAGAAAACAGUGCCGGAUUGCAAUUAUAGAGUCACGGUGGAAUGCUCUACGGAAGUUUCGGAGGACUAUUGUUGCCCCGAACCUUGCAGUCACGUACUUCCUUGCAGUCAUUCAUGCACUGGCAGCUGUGGAAAAUGUAAUGGGAAGGUUUGA